GGCUGGGCUGGGUUGGGUUGGGUUGAGCUGGGCUGCCCUGCCAAUGCGUGCGUGGCUGUAACAUGAGGACACUGUUGGGAGGUGGAGUUUUUUUUUGAGCAAAUGCAGGAAAGGCAACACGGAAAAAGAGAGCUGGGAGGAGUCCGAGAGAAAGCGAGAAACACGGAGAGAAAGAGAGCCAGAGGUCAAAACGGAUGGGAGUGUGGACAGAGCGUGGACACCAUGGCAGAUCACUGCAGACGGCUGAAAAGGGACUCUGCCUUUCUCACCGGCAAAGGCAAUCUAGACCCCAAUCUCGUAGACAAAAUUGUUCUGCACCUGUACAGGAUUUACCCCCAGAUCCUGAACGAGACGGAGGCUGAAAAGUUCAGGAAUUUACAGACUCCGCUGGGAACCAGGAUCUCGGAGCUCCUGGAUCACCUCCCCACGAAGAACAACCGAGCGUGUAAGGAAUUCUACAACGCUCUGGAGUUGAACAACGCCCAGGUCUACGCCAGUCUGCCCAGCAGAAAGUCCCCCGAAGAAUCAACGAGAACACCAGCAAUAUACUCGGAUGGGCCCAAAAGAGAAAAAUACGUUCUGAAUAACAGGGACCCCAUGUUCUUCCUGGCCUGCUUCAGUGUGGCAGCAGGAUUGGCGCUCUUCAUGUAUUACUGUAAGGAAGACACUAAGUUUGAAGGCACAGCGAAGAAGAUCUUGGGCUUCUCAACCCUGGGAGUGGGGAGGCAAGCGAGGAGAUACCUGCUGGCGUAUUUGGAAGAUCAAACCAAGGGGAGCUAAUAGCUAAAGCCUAAUUACCUCCGCACCCAGGGAGGCUCUACACUACGCAGUGCUGCUCUUCCAACUGUACCAAAGAGAACUAUUUUCGUGCACUUAUAUUUGAAGUAGAAGAUGCCGCCCAUUAUUAUCAUAUCGCUAUCUUUUCAGGGCUGGUGCCUGGGACUCUACCAAAAACCCAACCAUGUUGCAAGCAAAGCAUAAGCCGUCCUUAUUAACUAAGCCAUUACCUCUGGUGCCCACGCACUGCUGGCAGCUAACCCAUACCAAAGAGCAAUUAUAUUCCAAUGUCCUUCCCCUUUCUCUGUUAAUGGGAGUGAACCCGAUGAUGGUUUAAGCCUUCAGCGUUUUGAGUAUUGCACAGAUGUUUUUUGUCUCUCUCGUCACCCGGGUGUCUGACACAUUCGGAAACCCAUCACCGUGCUUAAGAGUCACCAAACCGGGAAUGGGAGUUCCAUAUGUGUAUGCCACCUCCAUGUGGAAAUUUCUCUGUGUCUGGAAUGGAAAGCGCUCUCUCUCUCUCUCUUCCCAGAGGAACGCUUACCUUAUCAAGGAGAGUGUUUGGCGCAGAUCAGCAAGAGCCAAGGCUUGGGGAUCUUGGGAGUAUGUGUUGAGGUAGCUACUGGAGUCGAACCAGCUAAAACUACGUGAACAUAUGAGGUCUGACCGUUCUGUGAAUUGGGGAAAGGGAGUGGGGGCUGGAGGGGAGGUGAAUCAUCAGCCUGGAGAGUGCGGUGCAGAUUCCGGCUGAGCUCCAAGCAGGGGUGAGUCCACUUGUUCCACCCGCAGUGAGACAAGACGCGGAAAAGUCAGACUUUACCUUGACUCGACGAAGCUGACGUGAAGCUGUCUCUCAGGAUUAAACUGCACAAUGGCCCAGCCAACAAUUUGGUCCAUGUAAUUUGGUCGUUCACCUCCUGGUUGGUUUGUGUGUCAGUGUGUGUGUGUGUGUGUGUGUGUGGGUAUGGGUGGGGGGGAACCUUGAUACAAAUGAUCUUGUCAUGUUUUGCCUACAAAAUACACAGUCACUGCACUUGACAGCGACUGCAUUGCAGUGUCAAACAUGCAAGGAUUAUUGCUGUUAUUUUACCAUUGAAGCCAAGAUUGAGGAGAAUGAAGGACAUCUCGGGGCUGAUGUGGAUCAGACACUUCUUUGCUUAGCUGCUCCCAAAUGACGACUGUCUGUGGGACGCUGCUGUGCGC